GAGAGCCUUUCCAAGGUAAGCUUCAUGACCAGCCGUAUGAAAUCACUGAAAUAUCUGGACAUGAGCAGCAACUUGCUGCGCCACGAUGGAGCUGAUGUGCAGUGCCAAUGGUCUGAGUCGCUGACAGAGCUGGACUUGUCCUCAAAUCAGUUGACGGAAUUGGUGUUUGAGUGCUUGCCGGUCAACAUCAAAAAACUCGACCUACAAAACAAUCAGAUCAGCAGCGUCGCCAAGGGGAUGGCUGAGCUGAAAUCCUUGAAGGAGCUGAACCUGGCAUCGAACAGGCUGGCUGACCUGCCGGGGUGCAGUAGCUUUACGUCCCUGGAGUUGCUGAAUGCAGAGAUGAACAUGAUCCUCACCCCAUCUGCCGACUUCUUCCAGAGCUGCCCAAGAGUCAGGGAGCUACAAGCCGGGCACAACCCGUUCAAGUGUACCUGUGAACUGCAAGCCUUUAUCCACCUGGAGAGGCAGUCUGGGGGGAGGCUGUUCGGCUGGCCGUCGGCGUAUGAGUGCGAGUACCCGGAAGGCUUGCGAGGAACGCAGCUGAAGGACUUCCACCUGACGGAACUGGCUUGCAACACGGCGCUGCUGCUUGUGACGGCUCUGCUGCUGACGCUGGUGCUGGUGGCUGUGGUGGUCUUUCUGUGCAUCUACCUGGAUGUGCCGUGGUACGUGCGGAUGACAUGGCAGUGGACGCAGACGAAGCGGAGAGCUUGGCACAACCACCCUGAAGAGCAGGAGACAGUUCUGCAGUUCCAUGCGUUCAUUUCCUACAGCGAGCGCGAUUCUUUGUGGGUGAAGAAUGAGCUGAUCCCGAACCUGGAGAAGGGGGAGGGCUGUGUACAACUGUGCCAGCAUGAGAGAAACUUCAUCCCCGGAAAGAGCAUUGUGGAGAACAUCAUUGACUGCAUUGAGAAGAGCUACAAGUCGAUCUUUGUGUUGUCGCCCAACUUUGUGCAGAGCGAGUGGUGUCACUACGAGCUGUACUUUGCCCACCACAAAUUAUUCAGUGAGAAUUCCAACAGCUUAAUCCUCAUUUUACUGGAGCCGCUCCCUGCAUAUAUUAUCCCUGCCAGGUAUCACAAGCUGAAGGCUCUCAUGGCAAAGCGAACCUACCUGGAGUGGCCAAAGGAGAGGAGCAAGCAUGCCCUUUUCUGGGCCAACCUGAGGGCAGCUAUUAGCAUUGACCU